GAGUUUUCCUGCAAUUUCUAAAAAGGGCAUUGAGAGAGCGUGAGAGCGAGUAAUGGCAGAGAUACUCUUAAUACAUUGUAGAAAAUCCCUUUUCAUUGAAAAUUCCGUCUCUCUGCGCCGAAAUUCGGAAUUUGCAACAUAAUGUGGAAAAUCUCCCGCUCACACAAGAGAGAUUCACAAGCGCCGGCAAAUUGGGAGAGUAAAUGACGAUGGUAAAAUUCAAACAUGAAUUUUCUAUUCCAUUUUCUCCCAAAAUUGCGAUGCGCACGUGUCUCUCAAUGCGAGAGAAAUGGAAAAUGGGAGAGAUGAUACGCGGGAGGAAAAGUGCCUCGACGAUUUUCACAUAAGGCAGUCACUCACCGGACGCUUUCUCUGGUGGUGCAUUUGCACAACCACCCAAAAACACAAAAUCCAUCCAGCUUUUCCUGGGGAGUGUACUCUCAAGGGGUGAGCUCUUGUGUGUGUGCGGGAAAAAAAAACGAAGAAAUCUCUCUGGUGGCGGAAAAGCCACAGCAGGAUCCGUGUGGUUGGAAAAUUUUCUACAAAGAAACAUUUCCCUCCUGCAGAUAAUCUUUUUGGCAGGAAAAAAAAGCUCUCCUUUGAGGAUCUUUUCUUUUGUGUGCGGGGGUGCGUGUGGAAAAUGUGAGAAGGGAGCACCGGAGGAAAAAAAUCCAAGAUGAGGGAAUCUCAGUGAAAAUUUCUGUGCCCUGGAAAAUCACCCCUCACGAAAGGAAAUUCGCAACAAAGCUUGAAAGUGAGGGAGUUGCGAUGAAAAUAGAAUUCAAAAUAUUUCCACUUCAGCAUCGUUGCGUGCCUGAAAUGGUUGAGUGGACUUUCCGGUGGCUCCCAGCUGCAUGCGGUGGACUAGGUCCAAUUCUCCUGCCUCCUGCUCACAUUGCCAUCCUCUACUACUUCUGGCAGAGCUAUUCACGCUAUGUUGAUCGGAGGUUCUGCUCAUGUUCCUGCUGGGACACCGUCUUCAAAGGAACCUACGAAUCCGGGAUUGCAUCAUACAAGCAUUUAUACUUCAAUGCAACUCCCAAUACGCUCAAAAUAUGGAUCCUUACCGUUGUAGCAAUUAUUUCACUUUACGAAUGCACGAAAUAUCUGACAAAGUUAGUGAUGAAGAGGUGCGUCCGGUACUCUAUGGUUGUGCUCUUUAUUUCUUCAAUUUUCUCGCACUACUACGCGUGGUGGGCCUAUGUUAAUUACUACAACGAUGACUUCUACACCCAGUGGAAUCAUCAGCUUUUCUUUUCGCUGACUGAACUCAUAUCAACCACUGCUGUCCUCCACCUAGCCCAUACGGACAAUCUCGUGACAACGCGCAAAGCUCUGUGUAUCGUGGGAAUUGCCCUCUUGCACAUUGCUGCCAGUGGUUUCGAUCAAUUCAUAUCAAAUGUAAUUCGUGGUGAAGGAUAUCCCCACCAGGUUGUUCGUGAUUUGGGCUUCAUGAUCCCGGAUUUGCUGCAUCUGCUACUUCCGCUCUUCCUACUGCGGAAGGUACGACGCGAGGGCUUCUCCACGAGACCACUCUUUCGUGAUCAGCAAUUCCAGAAAGACAUAAUGGCUAUGCUUUUCAUCGUUGCCACACUCUUCAUCAUCUGUUCGUUCCUGUAAUGUAUAUGAUCAGAUCACCCACCCUAUUCUCAUCCACAUAUCACAUCCACAUGAUCCUUCUGUUCCAUUCUUCGCUCUUGCGUACUUUGGGGGAUUUUUUUCUGCGUCAGUUUAACAGAGCUUGAGGGGGUGUCUAUAGGUGAGAUUAACGAUGUUUUCUAAAACUUCUUUUUGCUAAAUUAAUUCUCUGAACUCAAUGAAAUAUUACUCAAAAGGAAUCUAAAAAUUUAAGGCCAAUUGAAUAUUUAUUUUAAUUUGUUUUGAAUAUUUAAAAAAAAAAUGUUAACAGCAAAGCGCCUAAAUCCUAAAAAUCGUUUAGAUUAAUUUAAUUGGAACUGAUUAGAUCAAUUAAAGAAUACAAUUUGAUCUAGGUUUAAUCACGGCUUAAUUCAAUUAUUGAUAGACGACGAAUAUAUAGCUUAAAAUGAUAAUUUUAAUAUUUUUAAAUCAAUUUUGCAUCGAAGGGGCUGAAUUUUCUAAUAAGAAGGAAAGCUUAAGCGCUUAGAUUCAAACGCAAAAGCACAAAAAGCUUUGAAGAGUUUAUCACGGCCAAAUUCUAUCUUUAAUUUUAUUCUUUUUUUUAUAGAAGUCAGGCAAUUCUUUUGAGUUUUUCAAUCAUUCUGAAAGAACUUUUAAUUUUUCUUCUAUUCAAUAAAAUUUUAUUCUGCGAAUUAAAUUUUUUUAUAACUAAAAUCAUAAAAUUUAAGCUCAGAAAUAAUUUAACCUUAAUUUAAAUACAAAUUCCUCCCCUUUGGGCACCCCUUUCCAUAUCAACGUGAGAAGUUAUAUUGUGACGUAUAGAAUUAAAAUGAUAACAUUACCCAAAAUAUUGAUAGUAUUACCUAAGUAGAGAGCAACAUAAUUAGACAAUAAAUUGUUGAUUCAUCUUCCACCCACCCAGAAGGAAAGAAAAAAAACAAGAAUGACGUAGAGACGCUUUGAAAAUUUCAUUUAUCUCGCCACUUUCUGUGACAACGAUUUUCCACCUAUUUACUAUAUUUUAAAAAACAAAUUUUCACGAUUUAGAAAAGUUAGUGGUUGUUGUGAAAAAUAAAAAAGUCGAAAAAUAAUGGAAAACAGGGACGAAAAGCCUUUUUGUGAGCGUUAAACGAAUGUGUUUUAAUUUAAUUUAUGAAAACUUUGAAAAAAAAAAAGAAGAAAUUAACAUUUUUUUAGAAGAAGGAAAAACUGAGUGAGAAAAUUUUCCAUCCAACUUGGAUUAAAACAUCGAAGUUAAUUUGUUUUAAUUCUUUAUUUCGUACGUUUCUAUUUUUUUUGUACAAAAAUUGAGAUUUCUCUUUACUUUCUUUUCUUUUUCUUAAAAUCUACAAGACAAAAAAAACUAAUUUUAACGAGUACUCUGCUUUUGACGACCACUAUUUUCCAAUGGAUUUUCUUGCACAAAUAUUUUUCAUCUUUUAUUUCCCACACGCAUUUUUGUGCGAGUAAAGUGGGAAUUUUUUAUUUAAUUAGAUUUGCAAAAAAGAAAGGGCUAAAGAAGUUUUUUUUAUCUAUAAAUGAUAUUAAUUGCUUUUGAUUCCAAUUAAAGGAAAAAUUGAGGAGAAAAAAAUUUGUGAAAACCAUGAAGAUAUGAAAAUCCCAAUCAAAAAAUAAAUUCAAGAAUCACUUCCAGCGUCUAAAGGAUAGAUUUUUUUUUCACAAUCUUGUAUUAUAAGGCACGACCCUUCUACAAUGAGGUUCUCUCUAACAUUACAGAUUUCAAUAGUUGAUAGAUUUUCUCGUCUUCAGUAAAUUCAAAUGAAAUAUAUACACAUUUUUUUAUAAAGAAAGAAAUAUUCAAACUAAAUGUGAAAUAAAUGGAAGUGUCACCGUGAGAAGACUCGAGAAAAUUUUGAAAGUGAUCCUUGUUGGUGAUUUUCUUUGUUUUUUCCGUUUUUUUAAUAUUAAAUUGAACGGAAAAUGUAGAAAAAAAGAGGAAAAAGUUAAAUUUAACUGGAAGCAUUUUUUGUAAUGCAAUUUGUGGAAUGUAAUGUAAAAUUUUUGAUAAAAUGCGCAUUUCUCAGAAUAUCUGAAAAGUGUGGCUUUCUACAUGAGAUUCAAAAGGAUUUAACAAAAAAAAUUGUAGAGACUGAAUGUUAAAAAAAUAUCCUUCCCUUCCUUCCUCCUUCAUUUUUAUCGUCUUAUUUAUGCUUCAUCCUUAAAAAGUCUUAAUUCGAGUUCGUUUUUAUUAAACUUUAAAUUUAAGUGACAAAAAAAUGUGAUUCUCAUUUUCACCAUAAUACUUUCUUCUAUCUCUCUUCCAUCUAUUGCGUGUUUCUUAUGUUAAGAAAAAAAAAAUAAAACUGUUAAAUACUUUAAGACAAAAUAAAAAAAAAUAAGGGUCUAAAAA